UGCUGAAAGUAGAACACUGCUCUGCGGCACAGCGAGAGACUGAGAGAGGGAAAGAGCGAGAGAGUGGGAAAGACAGGAGUGAGAAGGACAUAGUAGGGCAAAGAGGGAAAGAACAGCAACCAAUAAGAAAAAAAGCUAGGAAGUCAAAGAAAGAAAAGAGUGGAGGAGCCUGACGGAUAUUGCUCUUUAAUUUCACUUCGAAAUUUGUACCUUCUAUGAUUAUUCUUCUUUUCUUUCACUCAGAUUUUUGGAGCUGUAAAGGGGGAUCUGACUGUUUAUUUCACUCUCAUUUAUAGUCUAUCAUUCUCUUUCUCUCUCUCUCUCUCUUCGCUGUUCUGGGUAUCCAAUUUCCUUGUGAGAGGAAGAGGAUAGGGAGGAACUGAAGGAUCUGGAUGAUAUCGUUGCUUCUGUUCACUGGAAAGUCUCUAGAGGAUUGAACUCUACUGGGAGAGAACGUAACUUUUUUACUCCAGCACCUCCAUCUCCUUUUAUCUGAUUCAUCCUCUUUUCACAUCAUUGUCUUUCUCCAGGAGUUUCUCUCUUCAUGUACAUGGAUCUCACCUAAAAAGCUUUUCUGUACAUUUUGAUUGAUGCUGUUCAAACCCUGGUGACAAGGCUUAUUUCUGCAGUGCUCUUCAGUUUCGGACUAAACUAAAUUAAUUAAAUUAAUCUGAUUUGACUGGACUGAUCCUGACCUCGGUGACCCCUGUGUCAGUGUGAGUGAAGAUGUCAGCCUGUGCUAAACGCUGUAAGCAUGGACUGGUGAAGUUUGCUGUCUCUGUGCACAAACUGGUGACGGGAACACUCAACAAAGAUAAGGUGGACGAUGAUUUGGAGAUGACGAUGGUGUGUCACCGUCCAGAGGGGCUGGAUCAGCUGGAAGCUCAGACCAACUUCAAUAAGAGGGAGUUACAAGUUCUCUACAGGGGCUUUAAAAAUGAAUGUCCUAGUGGGGUAGUGAAUGAAGAUACCUUCAAACAGAUUUACUCACAGUUCUUUCCCCAUGGUGAUGCCAGUACAUAUGCCCACUAUCUUUUUAACGCCUUUGAUUCAGGCCACAGCGGCUCCAUCAAGUUUGAGGACUUUGUAACAGCUCUGUCCAUCUUGUUAAGAGGUUCUACAAGAGAGAAGUUGCAAUGGACGUUCAACCUGUACGACAUAAACAGAGACGGCUAUAUUAACAAGGAGGAGAUGACAGACAUUGUGAGAGCGAUCUAUGAUAUGAUGGGGAAGUACACAUAUCCUGCUCUAAAGACAGACGCACCCAAACAGCACGUGGAUGCUUUCUUUCAGAAAAUGGACAAAAACAGAGACGGUGUUGUCACUCUAGAUGAGUUCCUUCUUUCAUGUCAAGAGGAUGAAAACAUCAUGAGAUCUUUGCAGCUCUUCGAGAAUGUGAUAUAAAAACAGAAGAUCAGGAUGGAAGGAGGAAAAUGAACAGAGGAGAAAAGGAAAUAAAAAGAAGACUGAUGAACUUUCUGAUAAUUCUGUAAGAAGAGGAAAUGGAAAGAAGAAGAUACUCCAUUCUGUUCAUAUCAUCUUGGUAAACUGUAGCAGCUUUGUAGCGUUAUGUCAGUGCUACACAGCAAUGUGCAUAGCAUCAUCAUGAUACUGUUAUGUUGGUAAUAUGCAGAUUGUCAAGUUGUCAAGAACCCUGAUCCUGGCUCUUUUUUAAAAACUUGUCACUUGGUAUGUUUCUCUUCAGUUACAUGUGCUUAAUGUUCUGAAUUCUGCAGAAUGGGAUGAAUUUUACUUGUGUAAGAGACGCUGUUAUGUUUCUCAAAUACCGUAAAGCAGUCAUAAUGUUCAGAGCAGGGUUUCUCAACCGGCAAACCACAGACCACCACAAUCAAGUAUUGUAUCUUCAACAACCUAGGUUAUAAAACUAUGUAAAACAAAGUGGAACAAAAUAUAAAUGAAAACAUUCAUUUUAACAAUAAAUUACAAUAAAUUUAAAACAUUAAUGGAAAUGAAAAGAAACAUAUACCAGAAUUAUCUCAAAGCAAAUUAAACAUUGUGAGUUGAAGACGAUGCAGUCGCUGGUCUGAUACGAUCAGUUAUUUAACCAAAUUUCCAAGUUUUGGGAAAUAAGAUGAAAAUAAGAGAAAUAAGAAAUUAAAUCAUAACAUUUUACUUAAAAUUAUGGGGUGUUAUACUUUAUAGUUACAAUGAUGAGCUGUAAGCUGGUAAAGGUUGAGAACCCCUGGUUUACAACAUAGUUUCUUGAAGGUUAGAAGACAAUUAGAGAGCAGUUUUCUGAGUUCUAGCUAUUUUCUUAAAUAGCAGAAACCAUUUAAUUGCCUAUUAUUGUUUCUAGGAGGGACAAGGCAUGUCUUUGGAAAGCUUGAUCAGAUGAGUUACAAAUUACCAGAGUAUGCCUCUGGUCAUAUCAGAACUGGCAAUACAUGGCUUGACUCUUAUACUAUGUAUUUAUAUAAGAGCUAUAUAGAGGAACUAACAGCAGGGACACUACAAAGUCAAAUAAAACAUUUCAGUGUGACCCAGCAGAAACUGAAAGAUAAAAUGAAGUUAUGUUUAUCAUAGCUUAAAGCUAGCAGCUUUAGAGAAAGAGUUCUAUUUUAAUAAAUCAUAAAGGAUCUCAUGAAAACAUUAUAUGAAGCAAUGUAUAGGCUUUUCCUAAGCUAAAUAAAAAUGGGCAUGAGUAGUCUUGAGGAAUGCUGGAUUUAUAAUCCCAAAUCAGAACACAGCUGGGACAGUAUGCAAAAUGCAAAAAUUCCACAGUGUUCUUAACAUUUCCUUUGAUUCUGUUUGAUUACAGACAGUAUAAACACGAUAUAUUUCAUCAUCUGCGCUACCACCAGUU